AUGAUAAAGACUAACUUCUGUGAAGGGAAAACUGUGAAUGGUUUCACUUUCUCAAGAACUGUGAUCGGCUGGUCUGCUUACUCCACUGAGAAAUGUGGAUCUGAGACCAAUAAUGCUGACAUUUCAGAAGCUUCUGCCAGAUGUGUAAAAAAUGAAACAGGAACUCCUCAGUUUGGUCAGGUGCAGAAGACAGACUGUGGAUUAACUCUCAACGACCUCCUGAGUAACAUUACUGGCCCUAUCAAUGAGGAGACGAGGAAGACUUUGGCGAGAAGCACACAGAUGCUGACUUCCAGUCCAGAAAAACUGACAUCCUCGAACAUCACCUCUGCUGCACAGAUUAUCAACGCUGUCCUAAAUAGCAGUACGACGAUAACUGAGGUAACGAUAUACUACUGUACAUAUGGUCACAGCAAUCUGCUUCCAACAGUUCACCUUGGAUAG